AGAAAUGAGGUUAGGAACAUUUAUUUUUCUAAGUAUUCUGUUUUUUAAGUGUCAUUCAUCUAAAAUAUUGAUCUUCAAUCCAAUAUAUGGAUUUAGCCAUGUCAAAUUUAUUAGCAAAGUGGCGGAUAUUAUCGCGGAUCAUGGUCACCAUGUGACUUUAUUCCAACCAUAUCAUAUUGCUCUGAAAAACCUGGAUGGGUUGGUUAAAAACAAAAAUAUAGAAAUUUUAAACUACCACCCAACACACUACGAAGAGUUGUUGAAAGCUGAACCCCAAGCCUUCUCAUUCUUUUGGGACUCUCAUUUGGUUGGAAAUCCAGUUAUUGGAGCAUUUCUGAUGCCGAAAUUGAUCGGUGGAGAGUUCAAAAUAACAGCAAUGGAGGUUCUCAGCGAUCGCAAUAUGUUAAAAUUGCAGUUCGUAUUAAAACAUGCUCGGCUGAUAAAAGUUGGAGGCAUUUCCACGUAG